AUGCAGGGCAACCACCUUCACCUCACUGUGCCAGAGAAGAGAGAAGCCACCAUGUCGAACCCCUCCUCGAAACGUCCUCGGAUAUCUUAUGAUGAGGAUGAUGAUGACGGGUCUUCGACGGCCUCUUAUGAGCGCCCCCGUCAUCAUCCCCUCUAUGGCCAGAAGAGCGCAUUCCCGGGAUUGGACGAUGGAGGUGAUGAACUGCGGUACGAUGAUCCGGAGGAUGGACUGGAAUAUUUGCGCAUGGUUCGAUCCGAAGCAAAGUCACUACCGGUACUCUUUUCCGCGCCUACUCUGACCACAGACCCUUCAGAUUCAAUAACGAACACGCAACGCGAACUGAAGCCGCUUGGACCAAGUAACCCUCCCUUGCCAGCAGGCUUUUACGAGGACGAAGCCUAUAUUGCGCCUCUGGAGGAUCUGAACGAAAACAAGGCCGCAAACACCCCUUCAAAGCUCGAUGAACUCUAUCCCGAUGCGCAAAAAUCCUACAACAAUCUUCUCCGACAUCGAUUCAUCCUCUUGCGAUCGACCCUACGGUGCAGUCCACCCGCUGGUGCUAUCAAUACUCUCGACAAUGACCACCCUAUCAGUCUCCCUCGAAAGGCCGGAUCUGCGCAUAAAACAUGGCGCCGGCUUUUGGUCACAGUCGAACCACGCAUGGUUCAACUUGCAAGCAUGGAUAUGGACAGCGUGUUAGAGGUGCUGGAAAUACUGGCGCGGAUGAUGUCUGAUGUUGUGCGGGGCGACGACACCCAGCGCGUACGGCGCAUUGGAGCCUGGGCCUGGGGCUUGUUGGGGAAGUGCCGUGAGGUUGGGCAACUUUCUACCCGAGAGGUGGGGGUUGUUCGCAGUUUGGGCAAGCGAGCUGCGACUAUUUUGCGCAAGGUACAAGAGCUAGAGAACGAAGACUAUGAGGAGGACAUCGAUUAUUCUGUGACAGACUCACCGAAAGGGGAAGUCAAGCAGGGUAAUAUCGUUGACGAUGAGAACGAUACCAAGGAAGAAGCUCAGCGAGGCUCUACAGUCCAGGACGAGGAAGCGACCAGGCAGGGAACUCAGCUGGAACCUUCAGUUAAAGGCGAGGAAGAGACUAAGGAAGAGGCUCAGCCGGAGCCUACGGUCCGCAAUGAGGAGGAAAGCAAGCAAGAAGAGUUGCCGGAGGCUGCGGAAGCACAAGACUCUAGUAUGGCUGAUGCAUCGCUCGAAGAAUCCGACUUGGAGGCUGCCAAGGCGCGUUUGCAAGCUAGGCUGCAGAACAAUUCCGACUCUGUCGAGACACCUGCUAGCUGUGAUGAUAUUGAAGAAGACGAUUGGUCGAUACAGACCCAUGCCCUGCUCGACAUGAUUAUUACAGUGGUUGCGAUCCCCAAUACCACCCUCUCAAACACCUCACCGCCAUACACCGUCUACCACAUCACCCUCCGCCUCCCGCUCCGCUCCUUCACGGUCCCCAAACGCUACUCGGACUUCUCGACCUUCCACAGCACCCUCAUCUCCCAAACGAAUGCCCCUCCACCAGCUCCCCUACCUUCAAAAACUUGGUUUUCGAAAACAGUCUCGAAUGAACCAUUGCGUGAAAACCGCCGCCGCGGCCUAGAGGAGUACCUUCGCGCGAUCAACGAGUCUGAUGAUGGGCGCUGGCGCAACUCACCCGCGUGGCGUGCAUUCCUCAACCUCCCCACCGCAGUCGCCUCAACGGGCACCGGAUCAACAAACACCUCCACCCGACUCCACGCCGCCAUCACAGACCCAGCCGCUACAAACGCACCCAUCACAGACCCGACGCUAUGGCUCGACUACUACCGCGACAUGAAAAGCCACCUCCAUGAUGCACGACUACAGUUAUCUCGCAGAGACCAGGAGACAACUCCGCAGAAGCAACACGAGAGCUCUGCACAUGCGAAGGGCAGUCUUGUCCGUGCAGGGACAAUGAUCACCACUCUGGACGAUGGACUGAAGAAUCUAGGACGCGGAGACAGGAGCUCCGAGUUACAGGCGUCGUCCAGUCUCGGUGGCGGUGAGAUCCGCCGACGAAAAGACCUACUCAUCAAUGCGCGCAAAGAAAAAGACGGCCUGGAGGAUCUCUUGCAUGCUAUGGCAACCAAGAGCCGUCUCGAUCAUACCGUCGCGUCCAUCCAAGAUAAAGGAGCUUUGAUCAAUGCUGGGAAUGGCGCUGGAGAUGUGUCUAAUGGGCGUAGGACGCCGGCGCGGACGGGCAGGGUCCUUGGCAAAGAGACUGAGCGCACUCGAGAACUUGACAACGACGGUGUGCUGCAGUUGCAGAGACAGAUGAUGCAGCGUCAGGAUGAUAACGUGGAUGAGUUGAGGAAGAUCAUUAUUCGACAGAGGGAACUCGGCACGCAGAUUAAUGAGGAGCUCGAGGUGCAGAAUGAUAUGCUGAGGUUGGCGGAUGAGGAGGCUGAUAUAUUGAAAUCCAAGAUGGAUAUUGGAAGAAAGAGGAUCGGAAAGAUCUCUUGA